AUGGCCGAUUUUCGGAGACAAGAUCCCGAACUUGCAGCUGCCGCUCAGGAUCAAGAGAGAUUCCACGAUCUACUACAAGAGAGGCUGAGGCAAAACGAGCAGAUGCAGAGAGAGAAAGAAGAGCAGAUUGCGCUUCUAGAGGCGGAUCCUUUCAAUGUUGAUGCACAACAGAAAAUUGAAGAAAUGAUACGGCAAGAACGUGUCACAGAAAACCUACAGAAGGCAAUGGAAGAGUUUCCGGAAGCAUUCGGCAAGGUCACCAUGCUCUAUAUCGAUGUCAUCGUCAACGGCCAUCCCAUCAAAGCUUUCGUGGACUCAGGAGCACAGACGACCAUCAUGUCCCCGUCAGCUGCCGAACGGUGUGGCAUCCUCCGGCUGGUCGACAAACGAUUUGGGGGUAUUGCAAAAGGUGUAGGUACCGCCCAAAUAUUGGGUCGAGUUCAUUCGGCCGAAAUCGAAAUUGGACAGUACAAUCUCGCCAGCAGCUUCACAGUCAUGGAAGGCAAAGAUGUAGACCUGCUACUAGGGCUUGACAUGCUCAAGCGGCACCAGAUGUGCAUCGAUCUGAAGAAAAACUGUCUCCGCAUUGAAAACGACGAGAUUCCUUUCUUACCAGAAAGCGAAAUCCCGAAGAUGAUGGAAGAUGUGUUGGAGAGUGAGCCCAAAAUUGAAGGCCCUGGUGGCAGCACAGUUGGCGCAAAGACCGGAACUGUCAUGCCAGGAGCAUCGGCGGGAUCAGCUCAGACAGGGUCAGGGGCCGGUCAGGCAAGCGCCAGCACUGCGAAUCAACCGUCGUUAUCAGGUCCUUCCUCUACAGCUGUUUCAUCUCAACCUGAACCAGGUUCCGGCAACUUUGGAGAAUCGCGACCAAUCACCGCAGAAUCAAUAGCACAGGUAACCGAGCUGGGAUUUACAAGAGAGGAGGCGAUCGCUGCGCUGAGACAGACAGGUGGUAAUGUCGAACUCGCCAUUGGAUUGUUGCUGUGA